AUGCAAAACGUGCAAGAGACGACAUAUCAGAUGCGACGAGAGCUUCCCGCAAUGGACAGCCGAAACUGCACCAAACACAACUGCCGCUGCGAUUACAUGGAUGUCGCUACUGUCCACGACGAAACAUCCGCCACGCGCAAAGUCCCCGACCUUCUCAUGUCCGCCGAAAUCGAGGUGGAAAUCAAAAACUGGCACAUCACCGGCGUGCCUCCCUUCCCCGAACUGGUACACUUCCCACGCAGCGGUUGGAGUCGGCUAUCGCGAACCGACCUCCGCCUGAUUCACCACAUCAUCGGACUUUCGAUCGAUCUUCAUCGUCGCGGCUUCAGCAACUGCACCAUCUGGGCGCAGAAGAUGCCAUCAUUUCUCUCCAUCGCGCUCUCCCACGAUUUCGUUAUGAGUUCGAUUCUGACACUGUCGGCUUCCCACCUCGCCUGGAUCACUCGAAAUAAAGAAACCAAACAACUGGCCUAUCACCACCGCGGUGUUGCAAUUCAGGGCCUGCACAAGGCGAUCGGCGCCUUUUCGAGGACAAACUGCGAGGCGAUUUUGGCUGCGUCUAUUCUUCUCUCUUGGCAGGCUUCCGAAUGGCAAAGUUGGGCUUCUCUGCAGCAGGGCCUUACGACGGUUCUGAAUUCGAUGCCUCCGAUGUGGAAACAGGAAUCGGAGUUGGCCAUGUUCCUAGAAAACCAACGUUAUCUAGGAUGUACAAAUACCCCAGUCAUGACUGGCUAUCAGUUCCAAGAUGAGGACUUGGCCAGCCUCGACAACACUAUCUUGGCACUUCAAAACGUACAGAAACGCGUCGCUCACAACCCCGAACACUAUCGCCGGAUCGGAGAGCUCCUCGAGUUUGUACGCCACUUCCAGCGAGAUCUCUUGUCGCAAACCCCCGAACAGGCUUUUGAGCGUGUGCAGCCGCUGCGUCGGUGGCUGUUUUGGUUGCCCCCGGCCAUGCUCCGUGGCGGAAGUGCGGAUUUGGGAGCUCUUGCCAUAAUAGCUCAGUUCUUUGGUAUUGGCGUGACGUUGGACAGCCUGUUCCCCGACCUGGGAGGGGCGUAUCUAGGCCCGCUGUCUGUCGCACCGAUUGAGGAGAUCUACCGGAUUAUCGUCACACGAAGCGCGGCGGAUCCGUUCAACCCCGACUUGCAGGUUGCCUCCGCUCUGAUGGAGUUGCCGCGACAUAUUGUUUCCAAGUACAAGAGCCGUCUCCAGUGGUCACCGCGGACUUCGAUCGACCAUUACUCGCCGGCACCCCCGAGUCCGUACCACAGCAUCCAAGAUUACCGUCUUGCCUCUUCUUCCUCUCCGUCCUCUACUUCCGCCACCUACGCGCCCUACACUCCGCCUUUGCAGUCACCUCCGGCAGUUACGAUUGCCAGUUCCCCAUUUGAUGUGAUGGGGGCGUACGUCACAGCACCGGGCACCCAGAAUCUCUAUCCACCGUCACCUCGGCUACUUUCGGAUCCUCGCGAGGAUCUCUCGGAUUAUAGCCACAAUAACGGUUCACUUCAGCAUUCGCCCGCCUUCCCACCGCCGUACAUCGACGAUGUGGUGUGCGGGGGAGUGGAUACGUCGCUGGGACUGAACCUCGAGCUUUACGAGGAGCCCCAUCCACUGGUCGGAGGAUUCAGCGGGCCCGAGCCCGUUUGGAACGGAAGCAUCUGCACGUAA